CCGAGGGAGCUAUGCUUUUCCCUCGGAUGGGUGUCCCGUGCGGGACUAAGGGAUGAAUAGGGCCGGCUCCGGGUCCUCGGCCUCCCGCGGGCGGACGCUGCUGGCCGAUAAGGCCGUGUCUGAGAGCUACGCCCGGCUCCGGUACCGAGACACUUCGCUCCUGAUCUGGAGGCAGCAGCAGCUACAGCUGGAGCGGCGGACACUGGGCUCAGGCCCGGGCCCCGGACCCGACAGCUUCCUGGGCCGCAGCCACAGCAUGUGGUACCGGCAGUUCGGCAAUCAGCCCAUCCUGGUCCGGGACAGGAGCAAACUAAGCCCGGGGUCCUGCCCCAGCACAGGUCCGGUUCCAAAUCCAGGCCAUUCCCGUAUUUGCUUAUUAAUGUGAACUGGAUCCGGAUUCAGAACGAAACCGGGACAGAGUAGCAAUUCCAGUAACAACCGGAGCUAUACUGGAGCAACUGCUGGAGAUCACAGCGGUUCAGGCAGCAUCUAUGGAGAGAGAGCAACCUAAUUUUUCGAGUCCAAAUUUCACAGCAGGAGUAACACCAACUAUCAUUAGCGGCUGCAGUAUUUAUGACCCACAGUAGCUCUGCAACCAGAUUAACACCAAGAAGCAACAUCUGGGUCAAUAUGGCAAAUUACAACGUAUAUCCGUAGUAUUUACAGACUUUCCUGGAUUAAUACCUGGCAUACAUCUGUUUGGAGACCGGAUCUAUGCAGAUUAUCACUCUCUGUAUUCAUCCUCCCUGCAAUAGUGAUUUAUUUAUAAACUGAUUUUAUUUAUGGAUCAAUGCCUGAGCUGGAAUAGCUGGGUGUUUCAGACUGUGCAUAAGAACAAAUCUGUAAUAGAAACCUUUCUAGGAGAAUCAGGCCUGGAUUAUGAGAUUGUGUCCCAUUUUUCAGAGGUAGGCUGGCCACUCGGGUGAUGAGAAUACAUUGUGCAGUAGAGAAUAAACCCUGUGUAAAAAGUGAUAGAAGUUUUGUGUUAGAGUGGAAUUACAGUAUUCAAAGCCAUUCAAAUUGUGGUAACAUUACUCCUUACUGAGCAAGGCUUGUUUUUAAUUGACAAUUUUAUUCAUACAGCACUUUUCACAUUGACAUACCCCUCACAAAUAUUUUGUGCAAUGAAUGAUUUCCAGCUUCUUGAGCAUCUGUGAUUUUUUGUUAAUAAUUCCACCAAAUAGCUUCAGUUGCUUGUGCUCUGGGAUGAAACCUUUGUCUCUGCAGCUCUCUGUCCCUCCUUUAAGCAACUAAUAACCUACCUAAUAACUUAACAUGCUCCAUCAAAUUUGUUUAAUUUGAUUUAUUAUCAUCACAUAUACCUAGGUGCGGUGAAAAGUGAUAACACAGUGUGGAACUGGAAGAAUACAGAAAAUUUUCUGGAGAAGAGUCCAGACCCGAAACGUCAGUUUUCCUGUUCCUCUGAUGCUGCCUGGCCUGCUGUGUUCCUCCAGCUCCACAUGGUGUUAUCUUUGACUCCAGCAUCGGCAGUUGUUACUAUCUCUACAGUGAAAAGCUCUGUUUUUGCGUAUCUGUUACAGGAAAGAUGUUGCUAAACUUGAAAGGGUGUUGCGUGUAUGGAAUGAGUUGCCAGAGGACGUGGUGGAGGCUGGUACAAUUACAAAAUUCAAAAGGCAUCUGGAUGGGUAUAUGGAUAGGAAGGGUUUAGAGGAAAAUGGGCCAAGAUUAUUUUAGGAUAUCUGGUCGGCCUGGAGUUGAUUGCGUACUGUACACCUGAGUACAAGCAGGAAAUACAUACAAAGUUCAUAAGGUGAUAGAACAGAAUGAGGAAUACAAUGUUAAAGCUGCAGAGAAGAAGCACAAAAAGUGAGAUCAACAUUAAAUUUGAGAGAUCCCUUCAAAAGUCUAAUAACAGUAGGGAAGAAGCUGCUGUUGAACCUGAUAGUACACAUGUUUAAGCUUUUGUACGUUCUGCCUGACAGAAGAGGUUAGAAGAAAUUAUAACCAGGGUGGAGGGGUCUUUGACGUUGGCUACCUUUCCAAAGCAACAAGAAGUGUAAAUGGAGUAUAUGAUGUUCCUAUGAAGCACUUAUGAUUUUUUUGCGAUGAACAGGUGCUGUACAAAUGCAUAUUGGAGUUUCUGUUGGAAUGCAGUUCUUACUGUGACAACCUUUUUCUCCCAGCACUACCAUAAACCCAGGAUUGUGCAUGUUGAAUAAUAUUUAGCUGAUACUAGGAGCUUAAUGUCAGCAGAUGACAUCCAAUAGGCUUAUAAGGUUGACAAUACAGCAUAGAUACAAGUCAUCUGGUCUCCACCAAUGUUUCUGCUCCCCCCAUGCCUCCUCUCACUCACUAUAUUAGAUUAUCCUUUUAUUUAUUUCUCCCUUGUGUGUUUAUCUACCUUGCCUUUGUAUAUAUCUUAUUCAUUACAAUGAUUCCCUGUGAUAGUUAAUCACACUCUCUCUGGGUAGAGAGGUUUCUCCUGAAUUCCCCUUUGGAAUUAUUAGUGAUAGUCUUAUAUCGAUGAUCCCUGUUUCUGGUCAAUCUGAAGUAGAAAAAUCUUGAAGUCUAAAAUAAAGAACUGCAGAUGCUGAAGAUACAAAACAAAAACAAAAAUUGCUGGAGAAAUUUGGCAGGUUUGGAGUAUUUGUGGAUGGAAAGCAGAGUUAAUGUUUUGAGUCCAGUUACCCUGAAGAAAGGUCAUUUGACUCAAAACAUUAACCUUGAAGUCUACUCUUUUGACUCCCUUGGUAAAACAAUCACAGGAUUAUUGAUUUUAAGAUCCUUACCAAUGGUUUUGUAACUACAGGACAGUUAGCUGAAUUUGAGGAGGCAGUUUUCAUGUCACUAGGCUAAUGCUCUGAGGACCUGUGUUCGAUCCCAGCAUGGCAGAUGGUUAUAAAUGGAAUUCAAUAAAAAUCUGGAAUAAAAAGCCA